AUGUGUGCAAAUCACGUUCUGGCAUCGUUCCAAGCUACUUUACAGUUUCAGCAGGCUUGGUUGACAUUUGUGCACGUGUCCUGCCCUUACCCUGGCCAGGCAUUUUGAUUUCAUCGACUCUCCACAAUGGCUGUGUGUUGUAUUGCUUGUGCUUAUCUAGCAUGUGAGGAAGUAGAGAUGCUGAGAAGUUGAAUCAGGCUAUGUGACAAAACCAGCCUCUCAACCUGUGACCCUUUGUUGAGAGCCUGAUGUGAUAAUUCAGGGAAAAUGAGCACCCUCAGGGUGCCCAGGGGUUCCCUUGAUACAGGGCCCCAAGUAGUCCAGAUAAGCAAAAUAAUCCAAGCAAGGGAAAUAGUAUAACUCCCAACCUGCUGGAUACUGAAACACGGGUUCAUCUUCUCUAAAGUCAAAGAAUGACUUUGAACAACGGAGGUGAAGAGUAGGAAAAAUUCAUUGGGAGAAAGAUAGCUUCUGCCUAAGAGAGACUGAAGGGGGACCAGAAAGUGAGUUGCCCGCCUACCUUGCUUCUCAAAGGUGUUUUUAUGGGGCAGAGUCACGAGGUGGGGGUGGGUACAAAGCGGGACAAAACUGUAAGAUCCAAUGGAAAAAUCACAAGGUGAGCAUGAGGUGGGACAAAAUCACAAUCAACCAGUAAGAUUAUGAGUACAUCACCUGGGUAAUGUUGAAAUGGGGUCGAAGGAGUGGGCUAGCUAGGGACGGUUGGGUCCCCAGUUAAGGUGACUGAGAUCGAUUUAGAAUAUCAAUCACUGCUAUUCCUCCCUAGGGGAAGUAUGUGGGUGUAAUAAUAUCUCUCUUUUGAAAGUUAACCUUCAGUGAUUGUGCCUCACUUGUUUUCUAUACUGAGAACACAGCCUUGACCAUAAUUUCUAACUAACUUAGCUGUCUGCAAUACCUUGUGGGGACUUCAACCUCCCCAUGGUAACUGGCUCAGAAAGGGAAAUGACAGUCCCAGAGCUGGAGUGGGGUAGAACCAGAAUUAACUCCUUCUGUUCCCUGACUCCAGCCCAGCCCAGCGCCCCCUCCCCUACCGGCUGUGAGGCUCCUGGGCAGAACAACAGGAGGAGAGGGCAGCAGGAAGAGUCACAAUAGGUAAUGCUAAGUAGCUCCUCCUGCCAGAGUGUCAGAGAUGGAGCAGAGGACAUCGCAAGAACUUUCGCCUCCUUCUCUGUGAAAGAAACAGUAUAAAGCCACUCAGCUGCUGGGGAUACAGAGGACAAAUUCAGCCAGACAAAUUUCUGAGCAUCCUGUGCUUCCUGCCGAGUUAGUGCUGCUGUUUACACUCUGUUUAUUUCAGUGCCUGUACCUGUCCUGUCUCUCGGGCACAUCCUCGGAAGCAGAGACCCUGCUCACAUUUCUUCGUCUUGCUCAGAAUCUUUUCAUCGGAUUGCUUGUUGGGGGAGAGGGAACAUUUACGUCUCUCCCAAGUAACCCAUUGACUCAGAAGUCUCAAGUCACAAAAGUGUGGUUGGAAACCAGAUUUGGAUUUUUAAUUUUGUCAGCUUGGCUUCAAUACAUGCGUGUCGUGAGGCUCCAAGUUAAGUUGCACGUCCUCCCCGACGCCUUACUUUCCCAUCUGGGACCUAGGUCAAUAAACCCUAUGCUUCCCUGGGAGCUGAGAUAUUAAGAACACUUAUUGAGCAUCUAAUAUGUGUUUAGCACUGUGCUCAAUGGUGUGUGUAACACGAAGAAGCCUUAGCUGUAUCUCUCCCUUCCAGGAAGAUGAAAGAUAAUUGAGGAGAUGAACCAUCACUAUGUAAGACCUAUCUGCAAGGUCAGGUGAGCUGAGCAUGAGGACGUCACCAUGGGAGCUACAGAGGCACAGUCUUUACUGUCGCCAAGCUCAUAUUCCAGUGGAGAUAACACACAAUAAACAGUCUCCUUUAAAAACAAGAGUGUGGUCUAUGGCUGUCCGCACUCUGUGAGGGAUUUGCUAUGACCUCAGUCCUCUUGCAAAGCCAGAUCUGCUCCUCGCUUCGACAGCCACCCCCGGCCCCAGCCCCUUGGUCCCUGUGUUGUCACCAUGGGCAGUGUCAGCAGCCUCAUCUCCGGCCACGGCUUCCACAGCAAGCACUGCCGGGCCUCGCAGUACAAGCUGCGCAAGUCCUCCCACCUCAAGAAGCUCAACCGAUACUCAGAUGGGCUGCUGAGGUUCGGCUUCUCCCAGGAGUCUGGUCACGGCAAGUCCAGCUCCAAAAUGGGCAAGAGCGAAGACUUUUUCUACAUCAAGGUCAGCCAGAAGGCACGGGGCUCCCACCGCCCAGACUACACAGCACUGUCCAGUGGGGACUUAGGGGGCCCGGCUGGGGUGGACUUUGACCCAUCUACUCCACCCAAGCUCAUGCCCUUCUCCAACCAGCUGGACAUGGGCUCAGAGAAGGGCCCGGUGAGGCCCACAGCCUUCAAGCCGGUGCUGCCGCGGUCAGGAGCCGUUCUGCACUCUUCCCCGGAGAGUGCCAGCCACCAGCUGCACGCAGCCCCUCCGGACAAGCCCAAGGAUCUGGAGGCAAAGCCAGGCCUGUGCUCCGGGGCAUUGUCUGACUCUGGCCGCAACUCCAUGUCCAGCCUGCCCACACACAGCACCAGCAGCAGCUACCAGUUGGACCCGCUGGUCACACCCGUGGGGCCCUCCAGCCGUUUCGGGGGCUCAGCUCACAACAUCACGCAGGGCAUCCUCCUGCAGGACAGCAACAUGACCAGCCUGAAGGCCCUGUCGUUCUCUGAUGGGGGCAGCAAGCUGGCGCAUGCGGGCAAGGCAGAGAAGGGCGCCUCGUGCGUGCGCUCCCCCAUCUCCACGGCCGAGUGUGCCGUCCAGGAGCUGGAGCAGAAGCUGCGGCAGAGGGAGGGCGAGCUGCAGACGCUGCAGCGGAGCUUCGAGGAGAAGGAGUUCGCCUCCAGCCAGGCCUUUGAGGAGCGGGCGCGGCACAGCAGGGAUGAGCUGGACGGCCCGGAGCCCAAGGGCGGUGGCGGGAAGCCGAAGCAGGCAGCGUCGCAGAAGAGCCAGCGCACGCAGCAGAUCCUGCACCUGCAGGUGCUCCAGCUGCAGCAGGAAAAGCGACAGCUGCGUCAAGAGCUCGAGAGCCUCAUGAAGGAACAGGACCUGCUGGAGACCAAGCUGCGGUCCUAUGAGCGGGAGAAGACCAGCUUUGCCCCGGCCCUGGAGGAGACCCAGUGGGAGGUGUGCCAGAAGUCAGGCGAGAUCUCGCUCUUGAAGCAGCAGCUCAAGGAGUCCCAGGCUGAGGUGAAUGCCAAGGCCAGCGAGAUCCUCAAUCUGAAGGUGCAGCUGAAGGACACCCGGGGCAAGCUGGAGGGCAUGGAGCUGAGGACGCAGGACCUGGAGAGCACCCUGCGCACCAAGGGCCUGGAGCUGGAGGUGUGCGAGAACGAGCUGCAGCGCAAGAAGAAUGAGUCGGAGCUGCUGCGGGAGAAGGUGAACCUCCUGGAGCAAGAGCUGCUGGAGCUGCGGGCCCAGGCUGCCCUGCAGCGGGAGAGCGUGGCCCUGGGCCCGGGGCUGGGAGCUACGCCCACCUUCUCUGAGGACAUCCCUGCCCUGCAGAGGGAGCUGGAGCGGCUGCGGGCCGAGCUGAAGGAGGAGCGGCAAGGCCAUGACCAGAUGUCCUCGGGUUUCCAGCAGGAGCGGCUGGUGUGGAGGGAGGAGAAGGAGAAGGUGAUCCAGUACCAGAAGCAGCUGCAGCAGAGCUACCUGGCCAUGUACCAGCGCAACCAGCGCCUGGAGAAGGCCCUGCAGCAGCUGGCCCGUGGGGAAGGGGCCGGAGAGCCCUUUGAGAUUGACCUGGAAGGGGCUGACAUCCCCUAUGAGGACAUCAUAGCCACAGAGAUCUGAGGGCCGCCUGGGGGAAGGGAGGGCCAGGGAGCUGGCAGGGGCUGGGGGCUGAGUCUCCUCGAGGAGGCCCCCUGAGCCAUGUUCCCUACUCAGCAGACCCUGGAGCUGCUUGUGGCGGGCCAGGGUGGCUACAUCGCCUCCUUCCCCUGACCCCUCCUCACCAACUCUACAGAGUACCUGACCUAGGGCUCACUCCCCAGCUCUCCCUGGGACGGCACAGCAUCCCAGUGGCUGCUUAAGGGCUCCCUGAACCUUGGCCUCUGCUCAAGGGAGAGACACCCUCUACCAUGAAGCCGGUGCCUGCCCUGAAGGCCAAAUGGCCACACCGAGGAUGCAAGCUCCCUUCCAUGUCUUCCCCAAACCCUCACCCUGGACUGUUCGGGAUGCCUUGGGAAUAGAAAGAAGCCAUGUGUGCCCAGAAGCUUUGAUCUGUCCUCAUGACCUGAGCCCUUUCCUCUGGCCCCGGAGGUGUAGGGGUCAGGACGGGGAGCAGCCGGGGUGCAGUGGGGCUGAGCCAUGAGCGCCGGUGGCAGGUUAGUGGUGUCUGACAUCGAACUGAGCUGUGCAGCCCCUGAACAGCUGGCGGCAUUUGCCUCUAUGACUGCUCCUCUCAAAGCCGCAGACACAGAGGCCCUGGGGUGGGGUGCUGGGAUGAGGACCCUGAGGCCUGGCCUUCCAGCUGCCCCAGGGAGCUCCUGAAUGUCCCCGCCAGGGCCAAGGAUGCCUUGCGACCUGGAAUCUCCUCCUUUGCCUGUGGCCCAAGUCAGCAUCCUCUCCUUCCCGUAGCAUCUUCAGUGCUGAGUGCUGGGUCUGCCCAGGUCAGGACGGGUGCCCAGCGUGCCUGGGCAUAGGAGGUGCACACACAGCCUUACAGACAGCCUGGGCCACCACCGCCCUCCCUCCACCGUGGGCCCCCAGGAGACCCAGGCUGUGUCCAGGGAUACAGCCAGUGCCCAUGGAAGGUUGGGAUCUCUCUUUCUAAACGUCCAGAGCAACGGGGAAAGAACAGCAGAAUUUCUCAGUUGCUCGGUUCAGGGAAUUUUCUUUCUUCUUUCCUUUCUGGUCUUCUCAGAAGCAAGCCAGAUCCAGCAGGCAGCCAGGCUGCUCCGUGUUCUAUUUUUGACGUAGCCGCAGCUGCUGUUGGCAGGACAGCCAGCCCUUGCUGGAUUCCUGCUCUUCACGCCUGCCUGCUGAGGGCCCAGGGUGGAGGAGAGAUGAACGUGCCAGUCUGGGUACUUGGCGGUCCGAGAACAGUCUCCAGUUCUGGCUUCCUUCCGCCAGCUGAUCCUGGAGCCGGGGGCAGGAAUGGGGCUCGAACCUGAUCCAGCCCUGCACUGAGUGUGGCACUGUCCUCAUGGCCCGCGUCACCUUCUGUCCCUUGGGUCAGGCUGGCUGUCCUGCUGUGUUCCUGGGACAGGGGUGAGGGUCCCUGGAGUCUCAAACCAUUGCUCUCAGUCACAGGUUGCUUUGAAACCUGGGGUGUCAAGGCUCAGGGCCCCUGCAUGUCCCCCCCCACCACUGGGGACACAACAGACUCCAAUCAGACAUGUCCUGUGCCUUGUUUAAGGCCUUAUUCCCAGUGAGACGACCCCAUGGAGAGAGAAUGGACCCAGCUGCCCUUCCUCAGGCGAGGACCCCUGGGCAGGGCAGGGUGGGGCAGGGCAGGCACAUCCACCGGGAGCUCAGCCUUCCCUUCCGCAGCCCCAUGGCCCUGCCCAUCUCAGACGUCCACCUGCCCAGGCCUUGCUCACCCUCUGAGAUGGCAGGGCAGAUGCCCUCACCAGGCUGCCACCUGCCCUGGGCUCCAGGGUAGCCAGAGGUGGGACCAGAAUGCAAGUGUGCUGUAGCCUUACUUGCUUGCCGUCAGAAAGCACCCUUGCUGUUCAUGGACCUGUGCACCAAACCCAGCCUCUUCUGAAGAGAGGCUGUGGGCAGCAGGGGCCAAGCAGGGCCUGGGUGGCCAAGCUCGGGGAGGCAGCCUGGGGGGUGCUCGCUCAGACCCAAACUGUCUGCUCCCCCAAACGUCUGGCCCUGAUGGUGCUCUGGUCUCCGCCGAGAGAGCAUCAGCACCUCCUCUCCAAACAGGGGGUCGCCUCGGGUAUCAGCUACCAGACCCCAUGGGCACCUCCCGGGUGUAUUCUGUGAGCUCCAGUCAGGUGCACUUAGCCCCCAUGGCUCUGAAUGUGGUGGGGCUGACAAUUGGCGGAUCUCUGCAGAAGGCAUCCAUUGAGCCUUGUGUCCCUGACCCCAGCCUGGGCCAUCUCUUAGGUGACAGAGCUGCCCAAGGAGAUACCAGGCUGGGCUGUGGGAGCAGCAGUCUCAGGCCAGGGGUCCUCCCAGAGGCCCUGGCACCUGGCUGGUGGCACCCGCUCUUGGUGCCUGUCUGCUUGUUCUCCGUGCUGUCUGGCAAAGCUGGAGCCUGGCUGAAGCUGGCUUUGGGUACCUGGCACUUGGAAGACUCUGUAGAUAGUUAUUUUUCUCUCUGUUAUUUCUGGUUUGCUUUGCAUUGCUUUCAGUGACUUCAUCUUAUUUUAUUUUGGAUGUCACUUUUUGGUCAUGUAAACUUAUUUCUGGUAAUUUGUUGUUUUAUUUAUGAAUAAAGAAUGCCAUUUCU